AUGUCUAGAAGCUAUACGACGCGUCUAACGCUACGGAGGCACGCCUUCUCGCCGCAGGUCUUCAAUGGUGCCGCCACGUGCACGUUCGCCUUCGUUGGCUACGACCUGGUGGCGCAGACGGCCACCGAGACGGCGCACAGGUUCCGCGUGGUUCCUUCGGCCGUCAGCCUGGUCUUCCUGCUAAGCCUACUGGGCUGCUUCAGCAGCUCCGUGGCAGUCACGCUCCUAUCGCCGCAUUCGCAGCUGGGCGGUUCGGCGCCGCUCCUGCAAGCCCCGUUCAUUCGUGGCCUUCCCGGUCUGCUGUGGGUGCUAGGCUUCGGUUCGCUGUGCGGCCUAGCCUCGGCCACCGCCGCGUCUCUGCGAGGUUUGGCCGUGCUCCUCGCUUCGCUCUCGGCCGACGGUCUACUCUGCGGGCUCACCGAAGGCACCAAGCGGGCCGCCGUCACCGGAGGCUUUCUGGUAUCGCUAGCCUCCAUGUUCGUUCACCCGGACACCCUCAUGGGAAUCCUGGGUCUGGGCACGCUGCUCUCGCUCCUAGCGACGGCGGCGUCCGUGCUGGCGCUCCGCUACGGCCUCAUCGACCACCUGCCCCUCGAGCUGGGAGACUUGAGCAGGGACUCGAGCGCGACCCUGCACACCCGCGGAGGAGGAUGCAUCGUCGACGGCAUCGUCGUGGACGACCCUUCUUCGAGGUCCUCGAUGGUGGCCGUCGGCAACGGCGGCGGCUACGGGUCCUUCCAGAGGAGGACGUGGUCCGUGGAACUGGUGAACCAGGGCUACGUCACCUCGCUGUCGGGCGUCGGCGGCGGCUCUUCCUCCAAGCUGUCCUCGUCGCUGUCGCCAUGCGGUGUGUCCGGCGUGCCUUCGCGCUGCUCGGCGCAGCGGACAGCGGUGCUGGUGUGCGCGAUGGUGGCUCUCAUGUUUCUCGUGGGUGUGCUUACGGUGCACGCGCCGCGCGUGGUGGGCGCCGGCGCGGCGCGCUGGUGGCUCGAGGCGCUCGCGACGGCAGCGCUGGCCGCCGUGCUCGCGCUAGCGGUCGUCGCCCUGCGGCAGCCGCGGCACGGCGCCCCUUCGGCGGGCCGCAACGCCGUUCCCUGCGUGCCUCUGCUGCCCCUGUGCGCGCUGUGGAUGGACGUGCACCUGUGCGUGUGCCUGCCCUACACCGCCUGGCUCGCCUUCCUCGUAUGGCAGCUGCUCGGCGUGGUGGUCUACAUGGCGUAUGGCGUGUGGCACAGCUCGGAGCGGCAGAGCGACGACCCGGAGUGUUCGCUACUGGAGAACGUGAUGUGCGACGACGUCUCUUCUGACGACGUGUUGCCCCUGGCCGAGCAGAGACGAGAGGUGCUAGUCGAGACCUUCUGAGAGUGGGAGGACCCUAGUGACUUCCAUUUCCCGGCGCCCGUAUGACGACAGCGGCGUCAUCGUCUCGCCGCAAGCCCCAACCAACCACGUCAGUUGACGACGUCGUCUAAACAUGCCAACGUCAUCGUGGUCGACGACGCGUCCCCGUGGAUGUGCGCGUGUCUGGAACUUCGCCUUGAGCUGUGGAUACGUGGGCUUGUGUGCGGCAACUGUUGAGUCGCGUCGUGGCGCCAUCUGUCGUCGGCGCCGUAGGAAGUCGCAGUGGGGCCAUCGCGAUGCUGAGUCUUUCAGGGAGAAAUUAUCGACGCUGAUUCGAUAUGUCGUUAUGGCAGGGAAACAGUUGAAGCGUUUGCAUCUAAACUUCGUUCGUGGCUUUCGAUUGUCGAUGUAACGAGCUCAGAAGCAGUAGAGUUUCUUCGAAAGCGUGUGCCUCCGUGAUCCCAGAAUAUAUAUCUCGAACCCUUAUCACACACAGAAAAGCUAUAGUUUUUCAAUCCUACCUCGGUGUUCCCUUUCAUAUUGCCCCGGACUGUACAUGCUCCUUCCGUGUGCUCCAGCAACCAAGAACGAGGUGCCGUUCUCUACGUGAGCUAGGGUAACAAACACUGAAAGGGACAGAUCAUUUAAACUUUGUUUUAUUUAUGUCUUGACAAGAUUCAUCGUUACCUUUUGUAACCCUGCGUGUCUGUAUAUGUAUGGACGCUUCGACGAUCAACCUUCAAAGUCUCUCAGUGUAGCUAUGCUAUAGGUUAACUCCAGAGACGACCUUCCGGCUAAGGUACAUGCUGACUGGCUGAAAGAUGUUUUGCAUUGUAUCCUCACUGGACAGAGACAUUUCGUACAGAAAAAAAAAAGUUGUUUGCCGUUAAACUGGCUAUUGGAACGUGUGAGUGUAUAGUUCACGCGUGGAAAGUAGCGCUCGCCACUUCAUCGCAGUGGACAGAUUCUACGAGCUCAUCGACAACAGCGUACGUGCAGUGUUUGCAACAGCACACUUUGACGCAAUCUGAAAUCGAAGAACCACCUUUGACCACUGCUGUAUGCAGUGCAAUCAUAGAGGUACCCGCAGGUGCGAACUUCGCGAAGUGACUCGACUUUACAAACAGCCGGGAGACAUUCCGAACGCUUUUGAGAAAGCGUGCAGUGAUUUCAGCAAGAGUGUGCGCCUCAGAACUUUCAACCAUAUCACUUACUGCAUGUGCGUGCGUUGUACUAUAAAUUUAUUUCAGUGUUGGGUGUGAUAUUUUGACUCACAAACCUGAGCAUUGAUUGUGUGAUUGAAGUUGGAGUUCCCCGCCUUUAGUGAAUUUAGUUCUUUUUUCUGUCUUUCUUUUUUUUAAUUAUUUUGCGGAUGCGUUGCUGGAGGUAGACAAUGACUUCCUGUGCUUCACGUGACGAGGUUGUGUUCGCUCAGUCUCUCAGCAAGCCCUGUAUGCCCGUGAUGACGUUCUCUUCGGCCUGCGGCGAACACCGCAAGUUCGUAACGUAAUGGGGUUACGUAAUGUAAAGCGCGAUCACUCUGCGAACAAACUCAGUAAAAGCCAUGCAUUUCAGUGGGAGAAUUGGCAUGGCCUAGGUAGCAAGACUCGCGCAUGGGCCUUUUGACUACGCUAUUUCUGUGCAACAUUGAUGUGCGUGAACGAUAAUUAACAGUGCACCGAAAAUCAGGUGAUAGGUCACGCGAAUGUGAAGAAGGUAUUGCAUGACACGGGUAAUCUUUAAACGGUUCUGGGAACUACGCCAAAUAGCUACGCAUAUAUCAUUUCAUGAUCUAUUAUUUCAGAGCUAUAGAUGAGAUUUGCGUGUCAUCAUUCAGCCAUUCUUUCGUCGCUUUCGCCGCACUUUAUCGGUGUUUAUUUUUUUUUUUUUUGGUUCCGAAGAGUUACCUUCUUUUUUUGUAAUCUACGCAUACACAUGAACGCUUCUCACGAACAAUCUUUGAAGCUACGCGAUCAGGUAUUGUUUGUGGAAACAGAAAAAUCCACGAAAGCAGACCAAUUCAUUUUUUUUUUUCAAAAGAAAACAGCGAGCUUAUGCAAGCAGUGUGACUGUAUGACAGUUGCGCUGAGUGGAACAAGAUACGAGUUCAAAUGUAUAAAAGAAAAGCUGAAAUGGUGUGAAAAAAAAAGAUAUCUGUCUCGUAAGCAUAGUGUAAAUAUAAUGUAGGAAGCCAACGCACCCAGCAUACCUGUAUGCGCACCGUAUGCCCAAAGUAUGUAAAUGUAUAGCUGUUAUCACUAGAGAAAUUUAUCUGCCUCACGGUUCAUAGUUGAAAUCCGGGCGAGUUGCUCGAAUAUGUAUGACGUGUAUGUCCCACAAGCGUGCUUUUGGGGUUAAAUUAUUGUAUGUCCUUGUACGCGAUGUCGGGAUGCGAGUGCAGUUAUUUUGAAUGAGUGCGUGUUGGUGUAUUUGUGACAAGAAGCAACCGCGACGCUUGUUUAGACAACGAUUAUUAUCACGUCAUCCGCUUAUUGAAUCACUCCUCUUAUUGGAAAAGAAAAGUGAGACAAUUAACCUGUAUUUUGUAUGUAAUCGACCGGCUUCCUGAAGCACAGUCUACGUUAUAACAGGGAAGACCAAAAUUACCUCCUGGCUUGUCUUAACUGUUAACACGGUAACCCGCUUUCUCGUGAUAUUUUUCUUCCCCCUACAACGCCACGAUCGAGUUGUCAAAUUUCGCCUUUGUCCAAAAACAAACCACACACCGCAUUUUUACUUUACUUUUGUUUUUUUACAAGUAAACAUAUCAUGCUAAUGUCACGAAUAUUCGAGCAAGCGUUAAACUAAAAGGAUUGAACAGUGAAGAAAUCUAAAAAAAAAAAUUAUUUUGUUCUUAUACUUUCCAUGUUCCGGUGCCCCCAGCAUGAGUAGAAAGUUCGUUAAUUCUCGUAAAGAUGUUUCGGGAACGAGGCGCAGAAAUCAUGGAGCUACAGUAAUCACUUGGCGUACUUAAUUUAGUAUAAUUAUUUUUCGUCUUAACGUUCAAGACGAAGGACGUCUCUGGAAGGUUACGAGCAAGGUCACAGAGAAAAGAUUGUCACGUUGUCACAGCCACGUGGCAUUCGGUGUAAGCGUCAUAUUGACGGAAACGUAUACCAGAUACUCACGUCAUAGCGGUAACAGAGGCCUCGGCAGCAACAUCAGUUUAGAGCUAUAUAUAUGUCGGAGUGACCAUUCGUACGAACGAAGAGAACUGUGUAUUUUUGUCCAAACAUGUCACUUAUUCUAACAACCUAGACUGUUCCGGACAUGUGCAUCGAAGUUUGCGUGCGUGUGUGCGUCUAUGUAUUUUUGUGCCGUCUCAACCAUCUCAGAACAUCAUCUAUAACUCUCUGUCUGAGCGCGUGGUGAUUGAACUCGUCACCGUGGCCGGGUAACUGAGAACCAGUCGAUUUGUAAUAGAGUUGCAGCAUACCCUGAUGCGCGAUACGUUACCUUGAUGAGGCGUGAACAUGCGAGACUCCGCCUACCACCGCCGCUCACGGUGACGCCGCUCCGAGCCGACCGGUCUGGAGCGGCGGCCGGUCUGGAGGCGCGCGGUCGCUCCUUCCCCUAGCUCGCGUAUGCGCAGUCGGCUCGGAGCGGCGUUGCCCUAGGAGCGGCAGCGGUAGGCGGAGUCACGCACGCGCAGACGCCUUAUCGCGGUCGCAGAUUGCUGUAUGCUAUAACUCUUGACUUAGUGUCCUGUUGUGAAUGGGACUGUGCAUUACAUGCCACAGUUAUGCACAGUGAGCUCUACUUUUCUUUCAGAUGAUACCUCCUCCGUACUCUUGGACCAUCACGCGCCGACCACAGUAUAUUUGAUUUCAUUAUGGAACAAACUUUCACUGACACUUGGAGGAGAUGCCACGUCAUACGUAAACUUCAAGAUCAAACUGAAUAUGUCGAACUGUUCGUCGGAAGGCAUUUCCGAACGGUAUAAAAGAAAGCAAGACGGGGUCACUAGCAUCAUGAUGAUACUACUUACAAAACAUAUGCGCUGUUGUCCUAUCAAAUGCGCAUGUAAAUGCAAGAUUAGACGCCAUGUCACACAUGUGUGUGACAUGGCGCCUAAAAACUGUUUGUCUAGAGCUACGUACACUCGGUAUUCCUGUAUUUCGGGUCAUUAGAAUGUUCCGUGCUGUCAUUAAAAUUUGUUAAAGUUGCUUCGGAAUGGUAAUCCUUCCUCUGAACAUUUUUCGUCAAACUAAAGCUUCGCAUGGCAGUAAUGUUGCUUGCCUGUAAAUGGAAGGCUCAAAGAAAAACAAACAUACUCAGGUGGAAAGAUCGAAAUCUGAAACAGCCUCCAUGGUCUAGAGUCACCAUACUAAAUAAAUUAUGCUCUCCAUCUCAUCUAGCAUUUCAUUUAAAAAGUACAUUGUCCGCAAUGUUGCGAGCACAACUGAAAGUUAUGUUAAGGUACCAGAUUCACGUUCAGGUAAAAUAGUAUUUUAUCUUAAUAAACUUUCCAGCAUUUUGCAAUGCAUCUGCACUUACACUAACCACCAAGGUGGUAAGGUGGGCAUAUUGGUAUUCCAUGUUCCAUGGCUAGCCAAGGAACAAAGCCAGCAAGCAGUGAAAAAUAAAAAGCGCCGCUGAAACUGCAGACAGAAAUAAGGAAGUUCGUUUGAAAGAACAAUGUUGCCUCGUGCACUCGGUUGUCGGCUCAAGAACGGGCACAGUAGCGCCACCUGUUGGAUGAAGUGUUCACUACCCAGAUAUUUCUUCAUCGCGCCUCCAGCGAUCUUUCAUGGCGACUCAUAUUCACUGUCUAAACGAGUGCAUCACGGUCUCCUGCAAUCACGAGCGCAGCGGCAAACGCACCGCCUGAUCGAAAUAAGCAUACUUUGCGUAAAUGCGUCUAAGCCAAUCGAGUUCACGUUAACCUUAGACGUCAUGAAGGAAAGGAGGCAAUUUCGACAUUGGCGUCUCUCGAAAGCUAUGCCUAUAUGACCGUGGGUGCGCUUUUCUACGUGGAGCUUCUGAGUACGCUACGAUUAGUCGCAAGGGCUAUAGCCUCUUUUCGUCUAUUUGUUUUGCAAUGUCGCCAAGCCGCGGUCCUAAACACUUCCUGUGCGGGAAAGAAAUCCCUAUGUAACGAAAAUAUUGAUGAAAUAUGGUCUCGAUGAUAACCCAGCAGCGUGCUCAAAAUUUCGUAUGUUGCGUUUUAAUCGCACCCAGGCAUCGUGUCUGUUGUUUCAAACUAUAUAACCAUAGCUUAACCCUUUCGGUAAAGAGCCGGCGGUUGAAAGAUUGACAGAGGGAAAUGACCCCCGGCUGUCUCGAGCGUUAUCAGUUCUCAAUGUUGUCCUUUCGCUAAAAAAAAGGAAAGAAAGAAAAAAAGAACAGAUAAAAUCAGCUUUGACGCACUCGGAUGGUGUAUAAACGCCGAGUGGUUCGGUAAGUCUUCAAAAGUGACGACAGCUGGGUGCACACCAUCCAACCAACGAAUUUAUUGCGAUACAGAAGUGACAUAACAACUUGUUUAGGGUUGGUGUGAGAUACAGUCAUAGUAAAUACAAAGGCGACAUUCAUCAUGAUAGACAUCACACAGACACGACAUCAUAUAGACAUUCAUCAAAUUAUUUAUGAAAUGACUUGUUCGAAGGUUGCGGGUUCUGAUCCCACCGACAGAAAGGGUGAUUUUACGUCCAUUUUAAUUCAUUUCAAUUUACGUCAUAAAUACUGCUCUACAGCUAAAGACGACAGUGAAUGUCCACUAUGCUUUUUUUGCCUGAUUGUCUAUCGUAUUAAUUUGGUCGUUAGUAAAGGUCACGUCACGAAGAACGUUAUAAGACAGGAUACCGUUAUUUUCCCUGUGCAAAUAGAGAAGAGGUGGGGGAGGGGGAAUUGGGGUGGGUGGCGUUGUGUUUUACUCGAUUGAGUCAAGGAAAAGAAGGUUUUGAAAAAAAGCUCCGUUUUAAUACAAUAUAUGCGACGGUUAAUGUCGGUUAAUUGCUACACUUCGACAUUACACAAUCGUGGUCGCAGCAACGGCGAGACGGGAUCGACCACCCCUUUCCUGCAUCCGUGAGACAUUGUAUAAAGGUUGUUUUGCUAUACUGUACAUAUUGUUGAACAAAGGGCGUCAUCCUAUACCUACACGGUCGGCGCUCGGUGGGAACUUCAUACGCGAAAGUAACCUCUAUACUCGCCAUGAUGCUGCUUUUUUCUUUCCACUGAUACGUGGUGCCGUGAUUUUUUUUCUCCGUGAGUGUAUAAUUGCCACAUGGUGAUCGCGAAAAAAAAGCUUUGUUCCCUGCUUUCAACGAUGACGUGGUUGUUUUAUCGCUAACGAAUGUGUGAAUAAAGAUCCAGAG